AUUCUACUUUGGUCGACGUUGACGCUGCAUCAGAUUUGCCCGACUCUCCCCUCCGCUCCAAGAGAAAGAACAUAGAGAGAGACAAAGAGAAAAAUAACAGAACAUAACAAAACCAAACGCUCCCUUACUUCCUUUUUCUCUCUCUCGUCAAUUCCUCUGUCCCUAUAUGUGUUUCUGUGUUUGUGAACUAAUAAGCUCAGUUGAGAGAGAGAGAGAGAGAAAUCGUGGUGAGUGGAAUCUCGCCGAUUUUUACUGUUCUAUCGGUUUCUUUUCCUAAAGAAAGGAUUGUGCCGGUUAUGCCCUUUGCCUUUAGCGACAUUAUGUUGCUUUGAGCUUUAUUAAAAGCUCGAGAUUUGAGGUAAUAGCAGUGAGCACAUUCAGUUACAGAUCAGAGCAGGUGCACAGAAAGAGAAAGGAGAAAACGACAGCGUUUUCUAAUUUUAUACCUUAUCUCAACUCAAAGUACAUUGCUCUAAGGGUGAACUGCGUUCGCUUAUCUGUCCCUUGAAAGAUGACACCGUAUUUGGAGAUACUGCCAGAGUAGAAUUGUCGACCUGCUACUAUCUUCUAGGCAAAUGCAACAACCUUUUUCUUAACCUCUACAACUGUCUUACAUUUAGGAAAGCCAGACCAACUUUUUGUUUGGUGGGGUUGAAGAGAAGUCCAAACCUGGAGUGUGGGAAAUGGGGUCAAUUGGAGGGGCAGAGCUACCAAAGAUGGACAAUAUGCAAAUACCAAGUGCUCGUGAGGAAAAGAUUCUUGUUUUGGUGAGGUUGAGGCCUUUGAAUGACAAGGAGAUUGUGGCUGAUGAAGUUGCUGAUUGGGAAUGCCUUAAUGACACCACUAUCUUGUACCGGAAUACCCUUCGCGAAGGUUCCACAUUUCCAUCUGCCUAUACUUUCGACAGAGUAUUUCGGGGUGACAGCUCUACAAGGCAGGUGUAUGAUGAAGGAGCAAAGGAGGUUGCUCUUUCUGUUGUUAGUGGUAUUAACUCAAGUAUUUUUGCAUAUGGGCAGACAAGCAGCGGAAAGACAUACACCAUGAUAGGAAUAACUGAGUAUACAGUAGCAGAUAUAUUUGACUACAUACAUAGGCAUGAAGAGAGAGCAUUUGUCUUGAAGUUCUCUGCAAUUGAGAUAUAUAAUGAAGCUAUUAGAGAUCUGCUUAGUGCAGAUUCAACUCCUCUUAGAUUGCUAGAUGAUCCAGAGAAAGGGACUGUUGUGGAGAAAGUUACAGAGGAAACAUUAAAGGAUUGGAACCAUCUACAGGAGCUCCUUUCCAUUUGUGAAGCUCAAAGGCGGAUUGGAGAGACCUCACUGAACGAGAAAAGCUCUAGAUCACAUCAAAUUCUUAGAUUGACAAUUGAAAGUUCUGCUCGUGAAUUCUUAGGCAAAGAAAAUUCAACCACUCUUGCAGCCACUGUGAAUUUUGUUGAUUUGGCAGGAAGUGAGCGUGCAUCACAGGCAUUAUCUUCUGGGGCGAGAUUGAAAGAAGGAUGCCACAUAAACCGCAGUUUGCUGACUCUGGGAACUGUCAUUCGCAAGCUAAGCAAGGGGAGACAUGGACACAUAAAUUACAGAGAUUCUAAGCUGACACGGCUACUGCAGCCAGCUUUGGGUGGCAAUGCCAGAACUGCCAUUAUCUGUACGCUGAGCCCUGCUCGUAGCCAUGUUGAGCAAACUAGAAACACUCUUCUGUUUGCUUGCUGUGCAAAAGAAGUUACUACAAAAGCUCAGGUUAAUGUAGUCAUGUCUGAUAAAGCAUUGGUUAAGCAUUUGCAAAAAGAAUUGGCUAGAUUGGAGAGUGAGUUGAGAAGUCCUGCCCCUGCUUCCUCAGCCUCUGAUUAUGGAACAUUACUUAGAAAGAAAGAUCUUCAAAUUCAAAAGAUGGAGAAGGAGAUUCGAGAGUUAAAGAAGCAACGGGAUCUUGCUGAAUCUCGGAUUGAGGAUCUGCUGCAAAUGAUUGGGCAGGAGCAAACUUCAAGAAAUGGGCCUGUGACAGGUCAUCAUCCUAAGCAAGCAACGAAUACGUGGGAAGAUGAAUGUUCAGUAUCAGAAUCUUCUGGUGUCGUUGAUCCUCAUUAUCUGUAUGAAGGUGUCAGAAAGUUCAACAUGAAUCAUUAUGAUGGAGACUGUGGGAGCAACGUGGAGGAACCCUACCACCUUACAGACAAUGCAGAUGAUCAUUCUGAUGGUACCUCAUCUUUAAUGUCAAUUGGAAAGAAGAUUAUCAGAUCGAAUUCUUGUCAGAGCCUGGAGGAUACUGCUGUUGGACCAGUAGAAGAUGCUGAUGACUACUGCAGGGAAGUUCAGUGUAUUGAAAUAGAUGAGACAAGGAGAGACAAUUACUUUGAACCCCAUUCCAUAUCCAGUGGUGAAAAUGAGGGACCAUUAGCUUUGACAACGAUUGAGAAUGGAACUGCAGCUAGGCAGGGAAUAUCAACUCCAGAAAAUGGACAGAGAGAAGCUAAUCACAUGCAAAAUGGUUUCACACAUGACAUGUUGGAGCAGAGACUGCAUCAUGUACAAAGGACCAUAGAUGCCCUUGUCAGUCCUGACCCUGAUGAAACAUCUAAAGAAUCAUUGGCAGCUGCUAUGUCAAGUCCUACAAACAUGAAGUUAACUAGGAGCUGGAGUUGCAGAGAGAAUCUCAUGAGCACUCCACCAAAUGGUUUCGAGAAAAGCUUUACUGGGAGGCCAGAAAGUGUCCGAAGGAGGUUUCCUCCGCUAAAUUAUGGUGCUGAUGCUGCAAGGUUAUUGAGAAAUGAUUCUCAGUCUUCUCUUGGUAGUGCCUACACAGAAGACUUUGGAAGUCAGAGUGUCAAAACUUCUGCAGACGACGAUAUACCUAGCAUCCGAAAUUUUGUUGAAGGACUGAAGGAGAUGGCCAAGCAGGUUCAGGAGACAGACCCAACAGCUGAAAAGUUUGGAAAGAAUGCAAAAGAUGUUGGGUUGGAUCCCAUGUGUGACGCUCUGGAUAUUUCUAGUGAUUGGUCCCUGACGUUUGAGAGACAGCGAAGCGAGAUACUAGAACUGUGGCAAACUUGCAAUGUUUCCUUGGUCCAUAGGACAUACUUUUUCUUGCUCUUUAAAGGCGAUCCAACAGAUUCCAUAUACAUGGAGGUGGAGCUGAGGAGACUUUCCUUCCUCAAGGAAAACUUUUCUCAAGGGAAUCAAGCUUUGGGAGGUGGUGGGACAUUCUCAUUUGCUUCAAGCAUCAAGGCCCUUCAUCGAGAGAGAGGGAUGCUAAGCAAGCUGAUGCAAAAGAGAUUAUCAGAAGAAGAGAGAAAGAGGUUCUACCAGAAAUGGGGAAUAGGGUUGAACUCAAAACGGAGGAGGUUACAAUUGGCCAACCGCUUGUGGAGCAACACAAAGGAUAUUAACCAUAUCAUGGAGAGUGCUGCUAUAGUUGCAAAGCUGGUGAAGUUUGUAGAACAGGGACAAGCUCUCAAGGAGAUGUUUGGACUGAGCUUCACACCACCAAGCACAAGGAGGAGGUCAUUGGGUUGGACAUACAGCAAGUCAACUCUUAUGUAAGCUUGUUCGAUGCCAAAAAUUUACGGCUAGGUCGGUGAUUUGUUCAAUUAGAUAGGCUAUAUAUUCAUUCUUUACACGAUCAGAAAUUGAAAAUGGGAUUAUGUAAUCGUUAGAGUUGUAAAAAAAAAAAAAAAGGAAAAAAGAAAAGUUAUCCUGUAUCAUGUUAAAAGGUUGAGUUGAACUGGGUUUUGCUCAUCCUGUUCGUACAUGUUGCUUCUUGGUUUCUUGUUAUUUUUCCUCUUUCCUUCUUUUGUAUGAAAAACAUUAUUAGGUGAUGAGUCCUGCAAAGGGAGUGUAGCUACCUACCCCAGAAUCAUGUAUCAUAUCCAAUUUACGUUCUUCCA